AUGAUGAAAGAACAACAAACAUCGACAAUAACGAUUGCCAUUAUGAGCCCUGGAGAUAUGGGUCACGCAAUCGGUCGAAUUCUACUUGCCGAUAAACAGCAACGAUUUCGGGUGAUUACCAAUUUGACAGGACGUAGUGAACGUACUCAAAAAUUGUCUAACUCAGCAAAUAUAAUCGAUGUUCAAACCGAUGACGAAUUGGUUCGUCAAGCAGAUAUCAUUCUUUCGAUAGUAGCUCCAUCGAACGUCGAGUCACUUGCUCAACGUUUUGCUGCAUAUCUUGCCAAUGAUGAACGCAAACUCUACGUCGAUUUGAAUGCUAUUGCUCCGCAAACGAUUGAAUCAAUAGCGACACUCUUUCCUCACGGAAAUUUCGUCGACGGAUGCAUUAUUGGUCUACCGCCACGUCUAGCAGAAUAUAUCCCAUCGAUUUAUUUCUCCGGUAGACAUGCACAAAGGCUGGUUGAUCUAUUUCAGAGUACAGAUUUGGUCAAUACGCGUGCAGCCGGCCCGAACAUUGGUCAAGCUAGCAGUCUCAAAAUAUGUGAAGCAUCAAUAAUCAAAGGCAUGGCAGCUAUUGCUAUUCAGGCUUGUAUUGCCGCUCGAUCUCUCGGUGUCGGCGAAAUCUUUUUCAAUCAACUGAAACAAACCCAACCGCAUCUAUUCAACACUAUCAGCAAAAUCAUUCCAAACGUAUCACCAAGAGCAGCACGAUGGAUAACGGAAAUGAAUAAAAUCACCAAGACCUAUGAAAGUAUCGGUUUAUCGCCGAAGAUUUUCGAUGGCGCUGCAGAUACAUAUCGAUUUGUAGCCGAACAAACUCCGCUUGGAAAUGAGAUAAACGAAGAACGAGAACGCGGUACAACACUCGAUGAUGUAAUUCAGAUUAUGAUCGAAUCGCUGAACAAAACGAAUCAAUCAUCUGAACCUAACUGA